CCGGGGUGUGAGCGGAGGCCGGGAGUCCCCCGCCGGGAGCCAUGAGCGCGGGCAGCCUCUCCGCCUUGCCGGGCUGGCCUGAGGCGCUGCCGGCCGUCAGCCCGCCGGCGUCCCGGCUCCGAGAGAGGAUGAGCGGCAGAGAGCCCAGCGAGAGCCGCGGCCCCGGCGGCCUGCCCGGUCCCGAGCCGCCCGAGGAGGCGGGGAGCCCCGGGCGGGAGCCCUGCGACCCCGCCGAGAUGCAGCUGAAGGUGGAUUUCUUCCGCAAGCUGGGCUACUCCUCCGAGGAGAUCCACGUCGUGCUGCAGAAGCUGGGCCUGAACGCUGACACCAACACGGUGCUGGGGGAGCUGGUGAAGCACGGCCCGGCCGAGCGGGAGGGUGGCGAGACCCCCCCGGAGGCCAAAGAGGCCCCCCUGGUCCCCCGGGGGGGUGCUGCCAACAAGAGCCCCGCACCCCCGCCGGCCCCGGAGGAGACGGAGAGCGAGAACCUGAAGCCCAUCGUUAUCGAUGGCAGCAACGUGGCCAUGAGCCAUGGAAAUAAAGAAGUGUUCUCCUGCCGAGGAAUCCUUCUGGCUGUCCAGUGGUUUUGGGACAGGGGACACAAGGAUAUUACAGUCUUUGUGCCAUCUUGGAGGAAGGAGCAGCCGCGACCGGAUGUACUUAUAACAGACCAGUACAUUCUCCGUGACCUUGAAAAGAAGAAAAUCCUGGUCUUCACUCCUUCCAGGCGGGUUGGAGGCAAGCGUGUUGUCUGUUACGAUGAUAGAUUCAUUGUGAAACUGGCACACGAGUCGGAUGGCAUUGUGGUUUCUAACGAUACUUAUCGGGACCUGCAGAACGAGCGUCCUGAGUGGAAGAAAUUCAUUGAGGAGCGUCUUCUGAUGUACUCCUUUGUUAAUGACAAGUUUAUGCCUCCAGAUGAUCCCUUAGGGCGACACGGCCCCAGCCUGGAUAACUUCCUCAGAAAGAAACCUGUUGUGCCAGAACACAAGAAGCAACAGUGCCCUUAUGGGAAGAAAUGCACUUAUGGAAUUAAGUGUAAAUUCUACCACCCUGAAAGGAUAAAUCAGCCCCAGCGCUCGUUAGCUGAUGAACUCCGAGCCAAUGCAAGGUUGUCUCCUACCAGAACUACCACUGCCAAAGAGGAGAAAAAGGGCAAAAGAGGUUCCCAGGCAGAGUUCUUGUGCUCUGUGCCCGCGGAGAGCGAUAAAAGCUCUUUGCAGAAGGUGUCUGCAGAGAGGAAAAGCUUGCCCCACAAAGCCAAGCCCAGUGACGUUCAGCUUCAGGUGAAGGGCUGUGUGUCAGGGGGUGUCCCUGCCUGCAGCGGGAGCCACCGGGCCUCCGACAGGUACCAGCAGCCUCAUAUGGACUCUCUGUCUUAUAUCUCUCAGGAGCAUCUCGACUCAGGCAUUGGGUCUCUGGAGAACCAACUGUCUGACAUGUGGCCUUACAGAAGUACCGGUCACUGUGAUCAUUCCCACCCUGACCAGGUGCCUGUCUGCACCUGCAGCAGGCAGAGACCCCUCUACCCACACUCUCCCAGCUUAGAGCAGAACGGUCUGGUCUCUUACAAGCAUGGUUCCCAUAAAUCUUCCUCCUCUGGUGCUAGCUUCUUGCAGUAUAGCCCUGAGAUGUCUCCCUCAGGAGCUCCCCACUCUUUCUCAGGCUAUGGGGUACCCGUACACCCAGCUAAUGCUGGUCAGUACAGCCUGCCCAGUGAGUAUAACACCCCCCCGCCCCAUUCUCGGGAGUACUGGUCUGAACCCUACCAGAUGCCACCUCCUCAAGUGAGAUCUACCAGCGUGAGGGAUCCUCGCUCGGUACCGAGAGCCCCCGGGCCGGCCUACGGGGACUCCUGCCAGUGGGCUGUCUCUGACCAGUUUGCAGAGGAGCGGGCCAAAGUGCACGUCAAGUUGUGUGGCAUAUUCCACCCCCACUUGGUUGACGCCGUGAUGAGCCGUUUCCCUCGGCUGCUGGAUCCCCAACAGCUCGCUGCAGAGAUCCUGACCUACAAGUCACAGAACCCGGGUCUGUGAGGCGGGUGCUGGGACAGCCAGGGCACAGGGAGAGAGCUGAGGGGAGGGUGUUUGCUCUGGAGCUGCCACAGAUGCCUUCUGAGGGCUCCUCCUUAUUCCUUGGAAGUACCAGGCUCUGGUUGGAGGCUGGAUAUCAGAUUUGCUCACAGCAAAUUCUGCUCUAGAUGUGAGUGUGCCCCUCUUAGAGAGGUGAGAGCACCCUUGGGUCCUGUCUUCCCCAGGGGCUGUUGUGGAGGCUCUGGGUGCUGCACCAGAGCAGAGGCUGCAGCUGCAGAGCAGGGUUUUUCCUCUGGGGUGUGUGGGGAGUCAGGCACCCCCUAAAUUCCCUCAGUUCAGACCCGACUCCUCCCCGUAGCUGCAGCUUUGGGGUGGCUUAGUGUGUUUCCAGACAUGGGGGGAUGUCAGGGGCUUGUACAGGUGAGGGGGCACUGCCUUUGCAGUGGUGUGAGGCUUGUUUGUGAAGACUGAAAUGCAUCGUCCAGGCUGUUCUGAGCUCCUAACUAAGCCUCUUUACUAAAUCCUACCAUGCAGAUCUGUGGAAACUGUAGGAUUAUAAAUCUAGUAUGAAGCUGGGUUUAGCUGACUUCGGUUUGGUUUGAUUGGUGCACUUCUUUAACGAUGCUUUCUACACCCUUCCCACUUACCUCCUCCAGGUGAGGUAGUUCUCUGGUACGUGCCACAAGUGCUUCACCAGCAGCGUGGCUCCCAGAAAUAAGGGGAGCCGGGAGUGCAAUCCUUUCUGGGGGCAAGAGAGCUGACACUGCCCCAGAGCUGCAGCCUGUCGUGUCUGGCACUGGCUGAGAAAUGCAGUUGUCAGAGGACGGGGUGACCAUGUUGUUGAUGCUGCUGCCCUGGAACCCCAACCUUGGCUGGAAGGCAGUGCUGGGCUGUCUCUGCAGCACCCACAGAGGGGAUUUAUGAUGUGCCUUUAGUCUUCAGACAGCAAUAGUUCUGAGUGUUCAGGCACGCUUGGCCUGCUGCCAGUCCCGUUCCUGAGCAUUCCCUAGGAUUUUCCUCUGUAAAGCUGUUGCUUCAUCUUCUUUCUUACUAACGUUUUUCCGUCCCCUUCAGCUUCGUCAAGCCAUAGCAGCACCCAAAAAAUAUAGAAUAAGACUUAUUUGGUAAGACUGUUCCCUGUUCGUUCCCUCUUACUCUGUGAGAUGUUUUUUACUGUAGAUACUGUAACAGAUUUUAAAUAUGCAAAACCAAUUGCUGUAGUAAUUGGUUCUGGUCCUGGGAUUUCACUGUGCUUAGAAGGCAAAGAUGUUUCUUGCACUUGCAGGCCAGAAGCAGUUGAUUUGUUGAUACACAUUGUAUCUGGGGUUUUUUUGUUAUGAUUUUUUUUUGAAAUAUGUCCAUCUUGUGGUUAAACCAAGGUCCUUGAGUGGCAAAUUGUGACGGGGGAGUUGGAGCCGACUGUCCCCCAGAGCGGUUCCGUCUCUCGCUGUUCUUCCCUCUGUCUGUCCGAGGCGUGACCUACCCAGAGUGGCACCAUGUGCCGUAAAAACCACAGGGACACAGAAACCUGUAUACCUGGUUAAUUAUGAUACAUUACAAAUUAGUAAUGUUUCAUGUUAGUAAGCAAAAUGCUUCUUAAUUUUAAGUAACCUGAUACUUUGCAUAUUUGUAAAUUACAGGAAAAAAUGGUUUUUAAUGUUAUUGUCCAGCAACUUGCUGCUUGCUGCUGGUUUUAAUUAGUUCUGGUCUCGACUCAGCCAUUGUGUUACUUGGCGUGGUGUGUGUUGUGUUUUUUUUUUUUUCUGGUGCAAUUUUGAUAUCUGCUUCUUCUCUCGCAAUCGGAAGACUAACGUUUUGUACUCACAAGCUGACAUUUUCCUGAGCUCUGUGUAUCGCUGUGCGGUGUGUAGUUUAUGUACUGAACGGAGGCAGCCGUGCGGAAGCCACGGCGAAGUAUGAACUUGUGUUAUAUGAAUAAAAACUGCCCAGUUGAAUGA